CCGGAAGAACCAGAAUCAUGGCAUGGCAUCAAAAACGCAACCACUGCAGGAUCAAUUUGUAUUCAAAAAAACUUAUUAACUCAAGAAGUUACUGGGAAUGAGGACUGCUUGUUUAUUAAUGUGUACACUGCACACCCUUCAACGUCAUGGAUUGGAAGCAAAUAUCCUGUGGUGGUGUGGAUACAUCCAGGAGCCUUCUACAUGGGCUGGGGUAAUUUGGAUGUCCUUCGUCCGGAUGACAUGAUCAGGCAUGGACUUGUUGUGGUAUCAUUCAAUUACCGCCUUGGCGUUCUGGGUUUUCUGAAUACAGAAGAUUCCCAGGCCCCAGGAAACGCAGGACUUAAGGAUGCAGUUAUGGCACUCAAAUGGGUAAAGAACAACAUCGCUGCUUUUGGUGGAGAUCCAGGAAAAGUAACAGUUGUUGGAGAGGGUGCAGGAGGCGCUAUUGUACACUACCUGCUUCUCGCGCCACAGCUAACCGAC